GGAAGGAAACCUGACGGACGUCACUCAGGCGGGCAGCCUACACCAGUUCUUACAGAAGCUACACUGGUCUCAUGGCCCUAUCGCAUCGUUCUGGUGGGGCACUCAGCAAACAGUCAGCAUUGCCUCCCCGGAGCUGUUCAAGGAGCAUCAGCAUGUGUUCGAUAGACCAGCACUUCUCUUCAAAAUGUUCGAGCCACUGGUUGGCAGCAAAUGCAUUCAGUUUGCCAACGGAGAGGACGGUAGACACAGGCGUGCUGUAUACGACCAGUACUUUACCGCCGAUGCUGUUGCCACAUACUUUGACACCUUACACCGGGUAUAACCUAUAGCUCUUCCUACAGCUGCUAUUCUAUAG